GCAGUAGAUUUAAUAGAUGCAGUAGAUGCAGCUGCGGCGGCGCAAGUGCUCCCGCUCAGGUCACGUGCUCUGUGUUGACUGAAGAGAAAUAGAAAAUCUGUGCAGCAGAGAGGCUAGCGGAGAAGCUAACGGAGGAGCUAGCGGAGGAGCUAACGGAGGAGAACCAGACGGAGGUUUAACGCCGAUACAGGAUGAGUUAGGCAGCCGACGUUCACGGGGUUGUCAGGUGUGUAGCAGCAGGAUGCCCAUCCCUCCACCAGGGGGACCCCUGCCUCCCCCCACAUUCAGCCAGGCCAACACCAUCCCCCCGAAGCUGAACAGGGAGGAGGUCAAAGGUCGCGGCGCUCUGCUGUCCGACAUCUCUCAAGGCAUCAAGCUAAGAAAGGUGUCGGUGGUGAACGACCGCAGCGCUCCGCUGCUCGACAGUAAGAUUCAAACACCAAAGAGCCAAUCACCUUCCACAGAGCACCCAUACAUUCGCUUAUACCAAUACCUGCACCAGCAACCGAGCCAGCAGGGGGCGGCGUCUGAGGAGCAGAAGAAGAUGGCCGAUGAGGAGCGCUCAGCUCUCUCCCUGGAGAGUGAGAAAGUGCCGUGGAGAUGGCAUCCUCCGUGCUCCUGUUCUGGCGAGCCCAAACGAAGCAGAGCAUUAACAGGAAGAGCCAAUGGGAGUGGAGAUGCAAGCCCAUCAGGUUCUGUUCCACCAAUCGGGGGCCUGGUCUCAGGCGAAGCUCCCAAUCUGAGUCCAGUUGGAGACGGCUCAUCUGGACGCUUGCCCCCCACCCGAGCUGCCGCCCCCCGCCCCCCCAGUCAUCAACAUGACAACGCAGAGAGCCCCUCCCCUCAGGCGCUGUCGCCAUCGGAGACGAGUCGCUCCCAGCAUCCUUCACUUCCCAACCUGUCCUCCUCCCCCCCCCCCUCCUCCCCCUACUCUGCUGCCUCCUCCCCAUCCACCAGCAUGAAGCACUCCUCCUCUGCCCCCCCUCCCCCUCCUCCUCUCUGUCGCCGUGGUAACGCCCCCUCCCCUCCCAACUCAUUCUCAUCUUACAACAGAGAGAAGCCCCGCCCUCUUGCACAGAGCAGCACCCCUCCCCUCCCUUCAAAACCUCCCCCCUCCCCGGGCAACAGCCGACGCCCUCCCACCUCAGGAGGUAACUCUCCCUCUUCCACUCCCUCCUCCUCUCUGGCUCCCCCCCCUCUAUCUUACCGCAUCAACAACUGUCUGACAAGCAGCGGCGCUGAGGUGGCGCCCGAGCUGCCACAGCGUCACAACUCCCUCAGCAACAGGAGGCCAGCCCCUUCACCUGGAGACCACACCCCCACCAGAGGCCCAGCCCCACCCCCUCCGCCUGCUUCUCCCACGCCCUCUCAACAGGGGUCCAAUAGGCCAGCGCCAUUUGUUAGAGAGGCACCAAGUAGAGGAGCAGCUCCUCCUGUUCCCGUCCAAUCAUCGUCCUCGAGGGCAGCAAGCAGAGAAGCCCCGCCUCCUCCUCCUUAUAGAAUACAUGGUAGCCCCUCCCUCUCAUCUGAUCCCCAAACCAGAGGGAAACCCCCUCCCCCACCCACCCGAAACCCCGCUGCGCCUCCCCCUCCUCUCCGCAAUGGACACUCCUCCUCAAUCCCUCACUCAUUCGUUGACGACUUUGAGUCUAAGUAUUCGUUUCAUCCUCUGAAUGAUUUCCCUCCUCCGGACGAGUACAGACACUUCACCAAGUUCUACCCGAGCAGAGCCAACACCGUGAUGAGAGGAGCUCCUCCACUGCCCCCUGUUGGGAGGUGAAGAGAACUACAACACACGCUUACACGGACAGACCCACAAACACACAUCUGCAGCAUACCUCACCCUCUGCUCGACACUCACAGCUGAUUGGCUGUUACUCUGUCUGACAGACGGACCAAUCUGUAGCCUACUGAACCCCACUUUCAUUCAGUUUUAUUUUUGCACACGCACUUUUUGUUUGCAGAGUGUGACUCGUGAAGAAAAACAGUAUGAGGCUCACAGCUGCUGCAGGCACCUUCUGUUCUGCUCGGUUCUUCAGGAUCUUCUAGUUUCACGUUCUGAGGUGACCUGGAUCACGUGACGUCGACACAUAAGCUCAUUGGAUAAAACUGACCUGAACAUUGAUAUAAACGAGACGUCAGGACAUCAACGAUAACCCAUCCUCUCAGUGGUAGGUGUGUUAGCCUAGCAUAGCAUCUUGAUGCUAUGAAGUUACAGACAUGAGUCAGAGGUCUUGAAGAACCACAGAGACAAACUAUCUCCUGGACCUAAGUCCUAAGCGAUGAGGUCACCUGUAAACGUUAUUUUGGCAGGAUCUGAUUGGACGAGGGCCGAAGGGAACCAGAGACUCACCUGAACACCUUGAACCAACAUGUUGAGUUCGAUGGAGCUCUGAAGCAGCUCCAUUAAUAAUAACUAAUGAUCCAUGAUAUUACUUUUCAUUUAGCUGGCGAUGACAUCACUUUGUGCGUUAAGUUUAAUGUACCAGAACAACGUUUGAGGGAAUCUCUCUCGUGUGUGUAUGUAUGUGAACCAGUUCUUCGUCUGCAUCAUCUUUUGUUUGAUUUUGUUGUUUUUAAGGUUUAAAGAUCAUACAAGUUAAAAUAAUGUCAGUGUAGAUAUGUACAUUUACUAUGUUACUCUGUCCCCCCCCCCCUCUUAAAGACUGAAUCUCAUCAGUUAAAACUUAAAAAGCUUCUGUACAAACUGAAACCUGUGAAGUCUCAUCUGAUGAUGGAUCUGUAAGUCUGCAUGUUUCCUCUGAAUAAACAGUUUCCUCUGAAUUGUUCCCAAACUGA